CAUUCUUCACUCCACUUCUCUCUCUACAAUCUCAUCGCAAACUCUUUUUUUCUCUCUCUCUGAAACUUCUCUGUCUCUUUCUCUUUCUCUCUUACAGUCAGUGAUGGCUUUGGAAGCGCUGAAUUCUCCAACGACGAUGUCUCCUACUUUCAAAUUUGAGGAGGCGGAGUUGCACUCUCUUGAGCCAUGGACGAAGAGGAAGCGAUCGAGACGACCCCGUUUUGAGAACCCCUCUACUGAGGAAGAGUACUUGGCUCUGUGUCUCAUCAUGUUGGCCCGUGGGGGCGCCACCACCCGGGAAGAGUCACCGAUGCCGCUGCGGGCAGUGCCUCCUCCUCCCCCGUUGAAUCUCUCUUACAAGUGUAACGUCUGCAACAAGGCCUUCUCUUCGUACCAAGCUCUUGGAGGCCACAAGGCCAGCCACCGGAAGUCCUCCACCGACGACGCGUCCACCUCUGCCAACACCACCACUACGGCGGGGAGUUCCGCGUUGAAUCCUAGCGGGAAGACCCACGAGUGCACCAUCUGCCACCGCACGUUCCCCACCGGGCAGGCCUUGGGCGGCCACAAGCGUUGUCACUACGAUGGCGGCAGCAGCGGCGUCACAUCUUCAGAAGGCGCUGUUUCUAGUCACAGCCACCGGGACUUUGACCUGAACUUGCCGGCCUUGCCGGAUUUCUGGCCGAGGUUUCGCGUUGACGGAGGGCGGAAAAGUCAAACUGGGGUUGAGCAAGAGGUGGAGAGCCCACUGCCGGCGAAGAAGCCACGGUUAUUGUUUCCGGCCGGCGAUAUGAAUUCUUCACAUGAGUGAUCAGCAUAUUACAUGAAGUGAAUCCCUGAGCUUCAUGUCAUUUUUUUUUUUUAAUUUGGUUUAAUGAAUUGUAUCUGCACAGAGAUUUGUUCAUUAUUUGUGGACUCUCUCAUUAAUUUAAUUCAUUGAUUCACUUUCAAAUUGAA